UCCACAGUAUUGUGAUGAAAAAUAUAUAUUUGGACAUAAAAUUAAGCAUAAAAAUGUACAACAUUGGUGGAGUAUUAAACUCUUUCUGCCUUCAGGUUUCCGUAGUUUUUUAAUGCGUUGCUUGUACAGUGGAUUGCAACACACUGAACAAAAAGAGGAAAGCUCUUUCAGAACGCUGAUUGGUUGGUUUGAAUUCCCAGGUCAUGUGUUUCUGUAGUCAGACAAAAUAUUAAUGACAGUGAGAAGGGAGAUCAGAGUGAUACUGUUAGGGAAAGAGCUACCCAUCACACGUAAAGGGUCCUAACAAUGAUGGAUAAUGUCUCUGAAAUAACAAUGUUUUUUCUUUCAGGUUUGAAUGAAACGAAUACCCACAGAUUUACUCUCUUCUCUCUCACUUUACUGUGUUACUGUGUGAUUUUGCUGGUAAAUGUUUCUCUUAUCGUGACCAUCAUCUUGGAUAAAAACCUGCAUGAACCAAUGUAUAUUCUAUUGUGCACUUUUUGCAUGAACGGACUUUAUGGAACAACAGGUUUCUACCCCAAGUUUCUCUGGGAUCUGCUUUCUCCUGUUCAUGUGAUCUCUUAUUCUGGAUGCCUUGUUCAGGCUCUAGUAAUAUACACAUUUGCCUGCAGUGAUCUGUCUAUUCUUUCAGUAAUGGCAUUUGACAGAUAUGUGGCUAUAUGUCGACCACUGGAGUACCACUCUGUCAUGUCAAAGCAAAGAGUCUUAAUGUUAGUUUGUUUCUCUUGGGUAACACCUUUUUGCAUUGUAGCCACAAAUACUUUUCUAGCAUCUAGAUUAAAGUUAUGCAGCCCAUAUAUUGCCAGACUCUUUUGUGUGAAUUGGAUUAUUGUUAAACUUGCUUGUUUCCCAGCUGAAACAUUUGUUAAUGACAUUGUAGCAUACAUAACAUUAAUGAUAUAUGUCUUUCAUGGUGUAUUUAUUGUUUGGUCUUACAUGUAUCUCAUUAAAACAUGUGUGAAUUCUGCAGAAAACAGGGCAAAGUUCAUGCAAACAUGUGUGCCACAUUUAACCUCCUUAAUGACUUUUGUUGUGACAAUACUUUUUGAUGUCGUAAAUAUGCGAUUUGGGUCAAAAGAUUUACCUCAAACCUUUAAAAAUGUAGUUGCAAUAGAAUUUCUUGUCAUACCUCCUAUUAUGAAUCCUCUCAUUUAUGGAUUCAAAUUGACCAAAAUUCGCAACAAAAUUCUGUAUUUGAUUACUUUUAAAACCAAAUAA